AUGAGCCCAGAUCAGUUUAAGGUCAUGAUGGCUGAUGAAGCACCUGUGUCCCCCAUUAACCAAUACCUCAAGAAGAAGGCUCUCCUUGAAUACUCCCCCCUGUCCCAGGGUCUCCAGAAGAAAGUUCUCACCCACACCUCAAUCUGUCACCUCAAGAAGAAUUUCCACCUUCCCAGCACCUCAAGGAGAAGAAUUCCCCCCCUCCGAGCACCUCAAGGAGAAGAAUUCCCCCCCUCUGAGCACCUCAAGAAGAAUUCCCACCUUUCGAGCACCUCAAGAAGAAUUCCCACCUUCCCAGCACCUCAAGAAGAAUUCCCACCUUCCCAGCACCUCAAGAAGAAUUCCCACCUUCCCAGCACCUCAAGGAGAAGAAUUCCCCCCCUCCGAGCACCUCAAGGAGAAGAAUUCCCCCCCUCCGUGCACCUCAGAAGAAUUCCCACCUUCCGAGCACCUCAAGAAGAAUUCCCACCUUUCGGGCACCUCAAGAAGAAAUCCCACCUUCCCAGCACCUCAAGAAGAAUUCCCACCUUCCGAGCACCUCAAGAAGAAUUCCCACCUUCCCAGCACCUCAAGGAGAAGAAUUCCCCCCCUCCGAGCACCUCAAGGAGAAGAAUUCCCCCCCUCCGUGCACCUCAAGAAGAAUUCCCACCUUCAGAGCACCUCAAGAAGAAUUCCCACCUUUCGAGCACCUCAAGAAGAAAUCCCACCUUCCCAGCACCUCAAGAAGAAUUCCCACCUUCCGAGCACCUCAAGAAGAAGGCUCUCCUUGAAUACCUCCCCCACCCCUUCCCAGGUCUCCACAAGAAAGUUCUCACCCACCCCUCCACCUGUGUCCCCCCUCAAAAUAAAUUCAAGCAUUAA